AUGUUAGGGAGUACUGUCAAUCUACAAAAAGAAUUGAAUUCAUUAACAUUAUCCAUCAUACUGUCGUCAGCCUUCGGUGCAGAUGCUCAGGCAAAAGAUACUAUGUUGAAAUCAAUCGAUGCUGUCCUACAUGCCGUUGAAUAUCGUACAUUUGAAGUGCCCAUUAGUCAAAUACCACUUUUGCACAAGUUACCUAUACUGAAAAAACAAAUUAUGGAUAAAAAUGUCGGCCAGAUAUCAGCUAUUGUCGAACGAUUAGUUGGUGAUCGAAAAUUGAAAAAAAGUCAAAGUUUAUGUCAGGGUGAUGAUCUACUCGAUUUGCUAUUAAUGGCCAGAGAUCAAGAUCUGAAUCCGUUUACCGAACAACAAGUGAGAGAUGAAGCAAUGGCAUUUGUUCUUGCCGGUCACGAAACAACUGGAAACUUGCUGGUUUGGUGUUUUUACAUUCUGAUGACGCAUCCUGAUGUGUAUCAAGACUGUAAAGACGAGGUUGCUCGAGUUUUACGAGGGCAACCGCCGGAUUACAGUCAAUUAAGUGAGCUGCAUGUGAUCGAGGCUGUUCUGCAGGAGACAUUACGUCUAUAUCCACCCGCUCCAACUGUUGUUCGCGAGUGCAUUCAUGAACAUUUGAUCGGACCUGAAGGAAACCAAAUUCGUGUACCUGUUAUAGUUAUAUUAUAG